UACGUCAAACAAAGAGUAGUUUGCCAUCGCUGCCGGUUGCCAGAUGAGUGGCCAGGAUGAGAAGGGCGAAGUGCCCAGCGCUAGUGCUCGGCCACCGUUGCCAGGCUUCUCUGCCAAGACAGAGAGGUGGGUCAUGGAGUUGGUCUAUGGCAGGCGCUGUGAAGCUGAAGAAAAAUACCUAAAGGAGCGCAGGCUCAAUGUGCCGGUGACCAAGGUGCCGCUCUACAAAAGUCUGGGCUUCCGAGCGAUCAAACAUCCGUCCUACAUUGAGGUGCGUCCUGCAACACCCUCCAUGGCCAGCAAGGCCAGCAAGGCCAGCAGGCUCAGUGGUGCCAGCGGUGCCAGCCGCAGCUGCGCGUCCUUGGGCCGGAGGAUUUGUAGUCAACCAAUCUUGGUUCCCAUUGAGGAACCUGCAGAGGUCCUGGAAGAGGAGGAAGUGCCAAACGACCAAGCCGAAGUACCUCAGCAGACGUCCUCAGGCUUUGUGAUGCCGAAAUAUGCGCAUGCGAAGUAUUCCAUGCGGCACAUGUACCUGGCCGAGUGUGGUGCUCGGAACAACAGCAUGAGGAAUGUGAGGAAUGUCAUCAAACCGCUCCCAAACGCUCGAGCUGCUGGAGGUGCCAAAACUCAGAGCGAAGUCGGUCGAUGAGGAUUUUCAGUGUCUAGACCUGGACCUGGCAACUCGCAUCUCGCGACAGUGAGCAGCGCUGAUGUUGGGAUGAUCCCUGCACUGGUAGCUGCUGAUAUAUCACACCAUUCACAGUGGGAUAUAAAACUGCAAUGUUUUCCC